AACAUCACGGUUCCUGUAGACAUAAAGUGGGUCCAAGGUGGAGAGAAAGUGUACGUUACAGGGUCUUUCACAGGCUGGAGAAAAAUGAUUGGUCUCUCUAAGCAACCAGAUAACUCCUUCCUUAUCACUUUGGGCCUCCCAGUGGGUACUCAUCGCUUUAGAUUUGUCAUUGACAAUGAACUCAGAUUUUCAGAUUUCUUGCCAACUGCAACUGAUCAAAUGGGUAACUUUGUCAAUUAUGUGGAAGUGACUCCCGAGCAUAUCCAGCAACAUUUAUCACUGCUCGAGGACCAAGAGGCGUCUUCUGUUUCUCGUGGAAGAACUGAUUCCAUGUGGAGAUUAACCAAUGACGACGAUGAUAUGGGAAAUGGCUAUUCACGAUAUCACGAUGAAGAUAAUGCAACAAACGAAAAGAAUUAUCAAUUCAUAAAUGAUAUUCCUCCAAUUUUCACUGACUCCAAGGUUAUGGAACAGUAUUACAUUGCGAUAGAUAAGCAAUCAAAGUCCAAUGGACAACAGCAAGCUUGGCUCCACCCUCCACAGUUGCCUCCUCAUUUGGAAAAUGUCAUCUUAAACAAUUACAACUCCUCCGAUAGAGAUAAUAACGGUGGUGCCUUGCCAAUUCCAAACCAUGUGGUGUUAAAUCAUUUGGCAACUACUAGUAUCAAGCAUAACACAUUGGCUGUGGCAUCUGUGGUAAGGUAUAAAAGAAAGUAUGUUACUCAGGUUUUGUAUGCUCCAUUGCAA